AUGGCUUUGAAGGUCAAUGAUAGUGAUGCUCUACCACAUUACUUCUGCUAUGAAUGUUCUAUCAUGCUACACAAAUUUCAUAAGUUUAAGGAAAAGUGCUACAGAGGACAAAAAGCUUUAAAAGAAUUAUUAUGGGCAGGUCCUAUCACAUAUGAAUCAGUAUACAAAAUAGACAGAGAAAGUAAACACCUACAAUCCGAUUUAACAGUAAGGUUUGUGACUAACCAAAUAGAGACUUAUACCACAAAAGAUAUCAGGAAAGAUCAGGAAGAUGAUAUAAAUAAAAUAAGCGAGGACAUAAGUGAACAAGAAAGUGAUGAAAGUUGUAAUAAUGAUGAUAAUACAGAAAAUGAUGCAAUCAACAAGCAACCCAACAGCCCAGCCACAGUAUUUAUUAAUAAUAAAAAAGAAUGCAUGAAACUACAAAAUGAGAUGAUAAAAGAAAGAAGAAAAAUUAGAAAUGCUGAUGAGUUAAGACAAAAAAAGAAAACAUUCGAUACCAGCAAAUGGGAAGUGUUUACAUUGACAGAAGAAGAAGCUUUGAAGGAAUUUAGGUUGAAAGCAGAAGAUCAGAAGUAUUUGACUGCAAGUUAUAAAUGUCAGGACUGUUUCAAGGGUUUUUCUAAAGAAGACAUGUUGAAACGUCACAUUAAAUUAGGGCACAGUGAGGAUUUAGGUGACUUCGAGUGUCGCUUCUGCCGAAUGCGUUUUAAAUUGAGAUGCCAUUUACAUAGACACAUGGAACGGCAUUAUAAAAAAUACAAAUGCCUGAGGUGUGACUUAGUUUGUUCACUAAGAUAUUCCGCAAUACUCCACGAUGAUUACCACAGUGGUAUCGCGAAGACGUGUAUGCAUUGCGGUGAACAAUUUAGACAUUCGUCGACGUACUACACGCACUUGCGUACACACCGAAGCGAUUACGUGUGUACUCUAUGCGGUGUUUCUUUUGUUAGCGAAAGUGGACUACGUCAGCAUAAGCGUGUCAAACACGUCACCCACGAGAUCGAAAGCCCAGACGACUACGAAGAUGUGAACACCUACUGUGAUCGGUGCAAUAUUCGCUUUGAAACAAGGAAGGCAUACGAAGAACAUUUGUUUCACUCCGCUAUGCAUUCUGAGGGAGCUGAGGCAGAAAGUGAAAAUCAAAAGAGUGCUCCAAAGAAAGUGCUGGGAAGGAAAAUACAAGCUAAGAUUACUAAAAACUUGAGGAGACGACAAUCCGACGAAGAACCAUUUAAGUUGGAGACGAAGAGGCGGAGAAAGAUAAGGAGGGAAUAUUGCAAGCCUACGACUUGCUACCAGUGUGGGAAGCACUUCAAAACCCAAAAGGCUUGCAUGAAGCAUCACCGAACGGAACACCCGCGGACUUCUUUCUUCCCGCCCACCCAGCGCCACAUUUGCGAGAUAUGUGGUGCGUCAUUGGCGCCAGGUAGCGUGCUAACACAUCAAAAUAUGCACACAAGAACAACUAUUCAUGCGUGCGAAACUUGUGGGAAGGAGUUUUACUCCAGCAUCAGUCUGAAGAGACAUCUCGUGACUCACACUGGUGAAAAGCGAUUCGCGUGCCCUCUUUGCGAUAAACGCUUCACACAAAGCAACAGUAUGAAGUUGCACUACCGUACGUUCCAUCUCAAACAACCUUAUCCCAAACGGAACAGAACGAAGAAAAUGGCAGAAACGCAGGACAUCGUAGAUAUAGAAGAAACAUCAGAUGAAUCUGACAACAGUUCACCUGAACCUGAUUUGAAUAACGCACAGUCCACAGAGUCAAUACUGAAGCAGUCCGAAUCAGGACCAGAAAUUCGAUCUCAACAAAGACCAGAAGUACUACUAGCAACGGAGAAUGCUAACGAGCUGCAAGCCAUCCAACCAAUACAAGACAGACACAUAGCAGAAGAAAAUGUACAUUAUUUGACAUUGGCUUAA